GACGAAAAAAUAAAACUGAGCUUCAGCGUCUGUCCGAGGAGGACAGCAAAAGAGCCAGGCUGCCUGGUGGAGGGUCGAGGAAUAGUGGUUGGGAAAGUUAUUUUGACUUUCCUAAAGCACCUCAGGUUUGCGCAACUGACAGGGAGGAAGUGGCGGAACCAUCGAUCAAGCGUAGCAAUAACGACCGGACGUUCUUCUAGGGCGGACCAAGUAACCUCCAUGACAUGGAUGUAUGACACAAUUGACAACAAUACCGAGUCAAUGCUGGCCACUCUGUCCACGAUGAUGUCACAUGGUUUCAAGAGCAGUAAGCAGGACUUUACCUUUGGCCAAUGGAAAGUGACCGCUGCCAAAAAUCACAUCAUGAAAUCCAAAGACAUUGAAAGGUUAGCAGAAGAGAUGAACAUGCCUUCCCUUCCAGAGAUGCUGUUUGGGGACAACUUGUUACGUAUCCAACACAUAGAUGGCUACGGCAUUGGAUUCAACGCCAUUGAUGCCCUAAAGAGAGUAAACAACAUGGAGGAUGCUGUCAAGGUGGCCUGUGCUCAGGAAUGGCAGGAAAGCAGAGCUGAUUCUGAACACUCAAAAGAGGUGGUGAGACCUUAUGACUGGACAUACACCACAGACUACAGAGGCACUCUAAUAGGAGAAGAUAUGCAGAUAAAGGUGACUGAGACAGCAGAGCGUAUCGAUAUGGAGAAAUUGAAGGCCCGGGAACAGAUCAUGUUCUUUGAUGACGUGUUGCUGUUUGAGGAUGAGCUGCAUGACCACGGAGUGUCAAUGAUCAGUGUAAAAAUUAGGGUGAUGCCCACAAGUUUCUUCCUGUUGCUGCGUUUCUUCCUACGUGUGGAUGGAGUGCUGAUAAGAAUAAAUGACACUCGACUGUAUCACGAGGCUGGAAAGAAUUACAUGCUACGAGAGUUCAGCACCAGAGAAAGCAAAAUUGCGGAACUCAAGAAUGUCCCUGCUGCACUGUACACUGAUCCAAAUGAGAUCGCCCAGCACUUAUCCCUGAAGCUGACAGUGUGUGAGAAGCUGGAAUUUCCUGUGCCAUAUGCUCAGACAGCUGUUAAUGAAGUUCUCCAGUGACCAGUACACUAUAAGGUGCACACUGAUGUGUUGUGUAAUGAGAAACAGGAAUAAUAGCACAUCCUAAAUACUGCAGUAACAUGACCAUUGAUCUCCUCUUAAAUUAUCUGAGGAACUGUUUUAUAUGUGACCACUAUAUUGAUGUGCUCUUGAAAUUCUGCCACCUUUGAUUGGUUUUUCAGUGUAUCAACAUGCACCGUCAACUUUCAGCAUUUGACAUACUGUAAGGCUUGGUAGGAUAGUUGUAUCUAUACUUUUAAUAUUAGUGUAUUCAUAACAUAUUUGUAAGACACUGCACAAAAUUGAAACAAAGUGGGUCAUCAAAGAAAAUCUGUAAAUAUGGUUACUUCCCUAUAGUGACUUAUAGAAGUUGAAAUAGUUGCAUGUCAAACACCUUCAGAGUCUAUGUGAACAUGUCUACCAUAUGGCCUAAUAAAUUUUGUUUGUGCAAAUAUAA